AACGGUAUCAGCCCCAGGGCAGACUGCUGCAGAUGGCAUAUUGCCCUGAAGUUCCUUGAGAUGGUUCAAAGGAGGAUCACAAAAGCAGAACAGCAGAAGAGUUACAAGGUAGAUAAGAGGGCACUUCCCUUCAACCACAGGAUUACCUGCAGAAGAAGCUUGGACAGAGCUCUGAAGAAAAAUGCAGAGGAACCACAGUCACUGAAAGAGGAAGUUUUGCCACCUAUGAGUGAUAUAGUGAUGACAAAAGUACUCAGCAUUGGCCAAAAUAAAAGUUUGUUCUCUUUCAGAGGUGCGGAGAAAUCUCAUUUGAUAGUCCUGACCAGAAUGCCAAAUGUGUGCGCAUGCUAGGUAAGGGAGAUGCACGGGUGAGAGGUCAGACAGGGGUUGUCUCCGAGCGCCGCGGCUCCUACCCAUUUAUAGACUUCCGUCUUCUUAACAAUACUACACUCUCAGGGGAAGUCGGCACCAAGAAAAAAGUGAAGAGACUGUUAAGUUUCCAGAGAUAUUUCCAUGCAUCCCGGUUACUGCGUGGAAUUAUACCACAAGCCUCUCUGUACCUACUGGAUGAGGACUACCUUGGGCAAGCAAGGCAUAUGCUAUCCAAAGUGGGAAUGUGGGAUUUUGACAUUUUCUUGUUUGAUCGCUUGACAAAUGGAAACAGUCUUGUAACACUGCUUUGUCACCUCUUCAAUGUGCAUGGACUUAUUCACCAUUUCCAGUUAGACAUGGUUACAUUACACAGGUUUUUUGUUAUGGUUCAAGAAGAUUACCAUAGCCAGAACCCGUACCACAAUGCUGUCCAUGCUGCUGAUGUCACACAAGCUAUGCACUGCUACCUGAGGGAGCCCAAGCUUGCCAGCUUCCUCACCCCAUCGGACAUCAUGCUCGGACUGCUGGCUGCUGCAGCUCAUGACGUGGAUCACCCAGGGGUCAACCAACCCUUUCUGAUUAAGACUAAACACCACCUUGCCAGCUUGUACCAGAACGUGUCGGUGCUGGAGAACCACCACUGGCGCUCCACCAUAGGCAUGCUGCGAGAGUCACGGCUGCUCGCCCACCUGCCCAAGGAGGUCACACAGGACAUUGAGCAGCAGUUGGGCUCCCUGAUCCUGGCAACAGACAUAAACAGGCAGAAUGAGUUUUUGAUCCGUCUGAAAUCUCAUCUUGACAAUCAGGAUUUGAGGCUGGAGGAUGCACAAGACAGACAUUUUAUGCUUCAGAUUGCACUCAAGUGUGCUGACAUUUGCAACCCUUGCCGUGUCUGGGAUCUGAGCAAGCAGUGGAGUGAACGGGUCUGCGAAGAGUUUUACCGGCAAGGUGAUCUGGAACAAAAAUUUGAACUGGAAAUAAGCCCCCUUUGUAAUCAGCAAAAGGAUACAGUACCAAGCAUCCAGAUUGGGUUCAUGACAUACAUCGUGGAGCCACUCUUUGAGAGGUGGGCCCAGUUUACAGGCAACACUCCCCUAUCUGAAAACAUGCUAAACCAUCUCAGGAGGAACAAGGCCAAGUGGAGAAGUUUGCUUCACAAGCAACACAGCAGUAGUAGAAGCAAUGAUCACUCAGGCCAAGUGACUGGCAGCCAGGAACAGACUUUAAAUGAAGAAGAGACUCCUUAGUGGCAGCUUUGCACUUUUCCUUCUAGCACUGCUAUCUCCGUCUUGGUCACAGCAGCAAAAAAGGUCCCGAGGAGCUGGAGCCUGUUGUCAACACUGUGCAAAGGCAAGAAAUGGCAAAGCUCUAAGGGUCCUCAUGAACACGCCCAUGGUUCUGCUGGGUUUCUUUUCUGGAUCUUCACGUUCCUCUCCUCUCUCUCUCCAUUCUGCGCAUGCCUGAUGCCAUUAGUCCCUCCUGAUCCCGAUCUGCCCCAACGCAGAGUCCCAGUCAGCAGCCAGGAAGCCAGGCCAGUUCCAGCUGCCAUGAAGCAGGGAGGAUUGCUGAGAGAACAGGGGGCACAGAGAGGCACUCUUGGUGAUCUUUUCAUUUACCACAAGUCAUAUUGUGACACGUAUAUAGGCCCAGAGCGCCACACCCUUUCUAGGCUGGCAGCUGGGCUGCACAUUAAACCACCAGCAUCUCCAGCAUCCAGAGGACAUGGACCCAGCGGGACAGUGCUUGCAGAGGGCAGAGAGUCAGGUUGUUUUAGUGGUUAAAAACCUUUUUAACUUUUGUAUUCUGUGCACUAAACAACAGAUCUCUAAACCUUGGACUGAAGUUACUCUCCGUAUACACACCUUCAGUGUGACAAGGCUUGUUUUGGUAAUCAUUUUUAUGCCACUUUGGAUAAAAGACAGGCAUCUUCUCAUUGCAAGGAACAGUAUUCCCUCGCAGCCAAAAGGGAAGGUGUAGUGCAGUCUAAACCUUUGAAACACAAACAGAUCUAUCUUUUGAGUACUGUUUCAAGUUACCUGUUUAUAUUCAUAUGUGUACAUUUUCUGUAAAUAGAAAGCGCUACUGAUUCCCAUGCCAAAAUACUGGAGUACUGUGGGAUGAUUGCUACCUGUAAAAACAUUGGCACUGUGAACAGAAUACUGUUAGUUUUAAUACAAGAGAAAGCAUUUGUAAAUAUGGUAUAGAGUUUAUUAAUAUACGCUAUUGUUUGUGGAUAAAAGCCUUAACUUCUAGCAUCCUUCAUCUUCUAAUAGCUGCCAAAAUCAUAUGAUUACAAGAUACGAUUCUGAACUGCCUUUCCACUAUCCAAGGUGUAUCAAAGGUCAUUAAGGAAUGAAGUCUGGCAGGAUAACUUCUUGAAAACUUCAAACACAUUCCAUAUGGGUCCGUGUUGUUAAUCCAUGGCACCUUGCACAUUCGAUCUAGGCAAAUGUUUCACAGCGCCUGAAGUUUAAGUUCAAAAAAACCCCCAGGCCCCACAGCAGCACCACAUGAUUUGACAGUUCAGCAUGAUUGCCAUUUAUUCAAAUGUGUGAAUUUUUACUAAAUAGCUUAGUCAUCUACAAAGCACGGCAUUAGUUCUGGAGUUCAGUUGUUUUCUUGAGAGAUGUUGCAGUGUAGCUGAUUUUUUCCCCACAUUCCCUCCUUAGAUAGUCAGCAUCAAAAUGCAUCUGUAUUUUUCUUUUAAUUAAAAUAAUACUUCAACUGACUUCUAGAUUAGUCUCAGUUAAUGAAGGAAAAAAAUGUGUUGUAGUCAGACUACUAAAAAUCCUCUUAGCUAUCAUAGUGACUGAAGAAUUUUCUAUGAUCUCAUCUUUGUGAAAGAUACUUGGCCUAAGCUAUGACAUAAACAACUUCAGUUCUGAAAGUCUUUAUUAAACUUUACUUAAGCUUCCACCAUUUCAGUGAGAUUGUAUUCUCAGACGCUACUGCAUUGCACCAAAGGGAUUGUCCCCUGCUCCUCUGCCCGCAGAAAGAAUAACUGCAUUCAGGUGAAGUGCAGCGUUGUGGUGAGCCCCCCUUACAUCACAUCUGUACAGCUGCUUUCCAAAAGAAUGAGCAGCUCUGGCCAGGUAGUCAUGUUUGGGUAGUCACGUUGAGAUGUGAAGACAUUGAAGAGGCCAACAAAGAAAGAGCUUUUCAAGUUGGUGUUUGAGAAACCUGAGAAAGAUGUUUACUCACAGAAGUGCAAGGGAAAAUAUAAUACAUUUUUCUCAAUUACAGGACAUAUUGACCUGAUGAGAGAAGGUUCAUGCUCAUAAGGUGACUAAUGUGUUUGGAGGAAAAUAAAAAGCAUGAGUUUUAGUGAAGAAUGAUUUACUUCAUUAAUUCUUUGUAUGUAUCUUCAGAGAAAAGAGGCUGAAAGCCAGUGAAGUAAAAAGGGGCAAAACACGGUGAGCACACAAAGCACUCCAGCGAUGAUUUUCUGCCCCUCCACUGUUAUGUAAGGUACAACCAAUAGAAAACCACCUUCUUCUUCCCACUAAUCUAAAUGAGAUUCAUAUAAUAGAAGGACCACAGCAAGCAAAGGGCACUCAGGAGAGUUGUAGUAGAAGAAUUAAAUUGUUUCUAACUACAGGACAUAAAUAUUAUCUUAAGUACAUGAGGGUGGUGGGGGUGGAAGCACCACCACUUUGCAGCUUUUUAGGUGUACCUUUCCUUCUGACAGAUGUAGGACAAUUAUUAGGACAUUAUGUGAGCGAUGUAAUGCGCUGCUUAGAAGCACUUAAGUCCAUACAAAAGAAUGUAAUUUCCCAUGUUUUAUCUUUUUACUAAGAAAUGGAAGCCCUUUGCCAUCUAGCUCAAAGAAUUUUUUUGAAAUGUUCUGAAAUUUAGUUAAACUCAGCGUCUAGCAGCAUAAAAAGCUCUUGACAGAAAGAUUGUUGAGCUGUUUCUGAAGAGCUUCCAGAAAAUAGGUCCAACAGGAAAGCUUAGGUACAAAUCAAAUUUUGUUACAGACCCAUAAAACGCAAGCCCUUUUCUACAAGUGGAACCUACAGGUUUCAUUACAAGUUUGCUCUUACCACGUUAAAACUUUCCAACUUUAAAAAGCUCUUCUGAAAAUUAUCAGGCCCUUAGAAACUAGUAAGGGCCAAAAUUAUUAUGGGGGAUUUUGGUGCACUGAACAUACCUGCUAGAUUUCAAUCACCUUUUCUAAUGAAACAGUGCUUGAAAGAGGUUCAGGGUGGCCCCAGCAACGCUUCUGUACUCGUGAGUCAAACCCAUUGCACAGGUUUGGGCCUGGGCCAGUGUGCCUCAGGUGCUCCAGAUAGAAGUGCUCAGAAAGGGUAGGCUCUGGCAGCCAGAUUCCCUCGAGUCUGUAAUGCAAAAUGCAACCAUCUGAUUUCCUGUAGAAUCCCUCACUGGUACCAGCCCAGUCCAACAGCACCAGUGCUUAGCACAUGCAGUUGUGGCACACGUGUGGCAUUCUCUGGUUUGGAAGGCAUUUCUGCACUGGGGUUUCUCCCCAGCGUGCCAACAGGCUGCUGAUGCACAGAAGAGAAAAGCUAUGCAGAUAACACAGAUUUUGGUGGUGUCAGCCCUAUCAGCCACUUUACAGAAGGCCCUCGUGGAUUGUUUUUCCUUCCCACUGGGCCACCGCAGCUGAAAGAUUUUGAAGUUUUCAAACUGAGUUAAGGUUUUCGUAUCUAGAAAGAGAAAAAAAGGUAUUAAAAGCAGGAUGUUAAAAUGUUUUUAUGCCCCACAAAUGAGAUUAAAAUCUAGAUCCUCUAAAUGAAGAUUUCAUACCAUCUAAGAGGUAAAAUUUUGUAUAACUCACAAUAAUAAGUGAUAAUAAGAGAAAAUCUUAGGCUGGUUAAAAUAAUGCAUAUGUAUGCAUUGUCAUUAAGUAAAGAUUUUACCUACCUUUGCGUUUGUAAGUGUCAGUGGUUCAGCCACCAGUCAAAUGGGGAAUAAAAGGACUAUUGAUAACGUGUAUCUUUGGAAUACAAGGAACAAAGACAGGAGUAGCUGAGAUUGAGUGAUGGAAGAAGAAGAAAAAAACCCACAUGAUCUGCAGUUGUGUCUAACCUAAUCUACAGCACAGGUCAAUUAGUUUUGUAUAAACUUGGUUUUCAUGAAGAAAACCAAAACCUCCCCAAUGAUUAAUGAGAAAGCUGUAAAUGAGAUAAGGCUGUUGUUAUACUGCAUAGUGAUCUCACCAGCUUUUGCAAUCUGGGGUUUCAAUUUCUGUUAAAGUUUUCAUCAAAUUAGACACAGAGGGCACACUUAGUCCUUCCAAAUGAAUUCUCCUCAGGAAGGAAAAACUCAAGUAGUCACAAUUUUAUUUUCGGGUACCAGACAGGCUACCAGCCGUAAUUUAUUGCCUUAUAUUUUAAGUCACUAAUCUGAGUCCAUAAAGUAUGCCUGUUCCCCUCCUGAUGUCACCAUGACCCCCAUGGCCCACAAAAAUCUGUAAUUAAAUUUGAAUUAAAACCCUGCAAAUCUAAAAAAAAGCCACCCCAAAACACAAAACAAAAACACACAGCAAGCUUCACGCCAUAAAUAUGUAUUCAGAUUACUUUGAUUGGUGCAAACUGUUGCUCUUUGUUUCUAUAAUCCAUCCAAUAUUUUAGGUACAUAAACUUUUAAGUGCAGACCAUAAGCUUGACGUGGAUGUAAAAUAUAUUCUGCUUAUAUUUGAAUUCAAGAUUGUAUAUGUCAUGUUUAUUGUAAAGCAUUUUAUAUAUACAUAGUCACAUAUCUUCUACAACUCUAUGGGCCAAACGCUGGUCCCCCCAACUUCACUGGGACCAAGAAUCAGCCCCCAUAUGUGCGUAUAUAUGCCAUAUGCAUCAUUCUGAAAGGAAGCACUAGAUUGUGUGAAAAUGCUGUGACUGCUAUGCAGUGAUGCCAAGAGACUUAACUGUAUCUUUUUUAACAUACUGCUGUAAGUAUUCAUCAUGUCAAAGAAUGACAGCUAAUAAAAAAAAAAAAAAGUGAAGUGUUCCAAGUUCUUGGGUAAAGCCAGUUGAUUGAACAAAGGAUCUCCUUUGUUUGCAGAAGACAUUCUGGUUUGACAAAGCAGCAAAAGUCCCACUGCAUCCAUUCUCUCACUGCCUCUCCUUUCUACCAACAGAAUAAUCACUUUCCUAGUGUGGUGUUUCUGAGCAGAACUUUUCUCUAAAUUUCCCCUUAGACUUGCUGUAUGAAUAUAAAUGGAGUUCCCAGCAAGGAAAACAUUUCCAUGUAAUUUUCCUAAGCAUGUAGCAGAAGGAUUUUCAAACCCCAGAGAAAAUGCUUCCCUGGUUAAGUAUUUAAAGGAGAGUUUUCCUUAAACUAUUGUUUCAGUUCCAAUAAUGAGUUCUUCUUAGGAUCAUUGGUCAGUUUUCAUUUCCAUUUUCUCAUUUCUGUUUCAGACCAUGUUCUUUAUAUGUGCAACAUGACAGAAGCUUUUGAAGUUUAAUUGAAAAUACGAGAAGUACUAAUGUUCUACACUGAUAAGUAUUUCUAAAUGAGAAAUACUUAUCAUCACUGAUGGUAUCACUGCAGGGACUUUUCUUGUCUCUGACACAUUUCUAAAGCCAGAAUUCAUUUGUACCUCAAAGUGCUCAGCAACAAUACUCACAUAGUUCGUGCCAUGCAAAUACUACAAUUGAACAAAAUAUAGGAGCUGGAAAUAUGUUUUGUUUCAGUGCUAUUUAGCCAACAUGUUAAAUUUAAACUUUUCUAAAAAAAAAAAUCCACCCUUCAGAAUCACAGUGUUUUCCUCUGUCCCUCAGAUGCAAGCAGAACUACAAAAUCAAUUUUAGAAUGAAGCCCCUUAGAGAUCUGUCCUAUAUAGGGUUGGAGUUGUGAUGAUUUCUCCAGGACUCUUCUACACAGUCACCAUUGGAAAACCACUCUGUUUUCCAUAGCAGAUUUAACAGAGUUAUUUUCAAGUACAGCCAAAUCAAUACAUCUUCCCACUCUGCACAGGCACUGUCUGGAUGGAUGCUGAUGUUUCAAGCAUCAUGACAAAAAAUGCAGACCAGCAAGCUGAAAUGCAUCAAUGAACAACAAAAGAAAAAUUAAUUAUAUGGCAGUAUUUUUGUCCUGGCCAAAUACUUAAUUAUGGUUUAAAGUUCAGGUGGAAAAUCUUGGAAAUAUAUCUAUUCAACAAGAGAAGAAACAAUGUAAUAUGUAUGUGACAGACACUCUUUUUAGCUAAAGGUGAGGAAGGCAGGGUCUCUCCAAUGUCCAAUCCUCUUCUAGAUAAAAUGAGUGCUAUUAAAAAAUGUCUGGUUUUACCAACAAAGCAGGUUUGUGGUGUCCCCAGUCCUACACCUCUCAAUCUUUCACUGAUGUUGUGUACAAUAGAGUCUCAAAGAGCUGUUUAAGGACUGACAGCAAAUGAAUCGCAGGUUAGAGAAGAGUUUAGAGUCGCUCUACCAGUAAAACCAGUGGAUCAUCUCACUGCAUCCUCGGCUAGUUUGGCCCUUAGGCAGAGUUGAACAUCAUGCAACACCUUAAUCCAUGACAAUUGGAUUUUGUUACCACCAGCAGCACUUCCUAAAAGCUACCUUGGCCAUGCAGACCCAACACACAAGGAAGUAUUGCAAUAGCAGAUGAAUUUUGUGUCGGAUUUUAUAGUAGUACAAUUUAGAGAGAAGAUUUGAAUCCUGUUCCCUACAGAACUCUAAAUAUAUUGUACCACUAGAUUAGGAAGGGGAUCUGGGUGUUUUAAGAAGUUGUAACUAAAAUGGAGUAUUAGAAUUCAUACAAACAGAGGAGUUGUCCUAUUAUUUCCAGCACUCCUACCACUUGGAGAUAAAUUCAAUUUGUAUACCAAUCAUCCCUCUCUAGAAAGUGCAAGUACACGAGUGGGAAGUGCAAAGGGUGGCAAAAAGAAAUUUGAAUCACGAAAAGCCUCCAGGAGGGAGAGAGAGAAGAAAAAAUACUGUAGCUUCAUUAGUAUCACCUAUAAAAAAUCAGAACAUUUGAGCAGACUGAGAGCUUCUGCAUUCCCCAAAUCCAAACACAGGUAAACAAAGUGCAGCAGUCUAUAUGGAUGGAAGUUGCUGCUAUAAGAGUAUAUUAACCUUUAACCACAUAGAAAAGCUUAAAAUAUUGAACAUUUACAUGAAGCAAAAAGGGAAUUCCUGGUUACAAAUAAGUAUUACUAAAACCGUAAUCCUGAAGAAAAUACACUUUAAUACUUAAAUCCACCAUUAGUUUAAAAUGAUGCUUUCCUGACCUACUCAUGCUGCUCAGCAGCUGUUACAUUCCAAAUCCAGAUUUUCCAUUUGUAUCUGUAGAGGAUUCCUGUAAGCUUAGCUCAUGCAUAAGCAUAUUUAUGAAAGAAAUACAGCUACCAAAAAGAAAAAUCUGGUGCUACACUUACACAUGUAUUUGAUGCCCAGCCUCAUUGCUAUAACCAGACCUACCAACACCUGCAGACAGUCUCAGGGGCUAGUCCAUGUUAGGCAAUCAAAAUGCAAAGAAAAUGGAAAGUACUGGAACAUGUGGUAGAUUCAAGGGCAGAUUGAGAAACUAUUGUCCCAAAGAUCACUUUGUAUCUGCCAUGCUUUGUCUUGGGUAAAUAUAUUUCAGGCCAACUUCUAGAAGGAGGAGAAAAAGUAGAUAUGUUAGUAUCCUGAGCUGAGAGACGAAAACAUGAGUGGAAUUACUUUGUUUAAAAAAAUGUACUGUUUUGCUGGGAUGAGGUUCUGUGUAGACAAUAAGUAGUACCAUUGCCCUCUGUGGUACCUUUGCACAGCACAUUUAUUUCCCUCAAGGCAUCAGGAAAGUUACUGCCACCAGCUCCACCAUUUCUGCAUGGACCAUUAAGAUGUGGCCCCUUGCACUUUGGUGCUUUGAAGUCUCUUUUAUCAGUGCUAGUGCUGAAUUAAUAAGCAGAGAGAUGUUCUUGGUAACUGCCCCUGCUCCCACAUGAAAAGAAAAUCUUCCUCAACAAUGCCACUGCCUGAAGACUUCCUGUAUAAAGGCAGAUAUUAAACAAAUCAAGAAACCUAAAUAAGAUUUGGAAUGGGUACAUCAGCCACUCAAAAUGGCUAAGUGACAUUGGCUUUAGGUACGUAAAGGCAUGUACUAAAGUUUCAACAGAGCAAAUACACUUCCUUCAUUUAACUCCAUUAUAGUUAAUGAUAAUACAGAAAUUAUGUUACUGAUGGGAUUCUUGCAUUAAUGUGAAAAAACUUGGAUAGAAGCUGUGCAGUUGAUUUCCUUUUGCACUUGAUCCUCACAAAUCCUCUGUGCUUGGUCUAUCAGGAGUCCUGUCUGGAGACAAAUAAAAUUGGUUAUCAAGCCUCAUUUUUACCUUCUUAGAGGUCUUGCCCUCAUCUCCUCCCCUCCAUACCUAAUUAUGGUCAGCUUCUUCAAAACACCCAACUAAUCACAAGCAACACAAAAAGUAAUUUGAUUUGGGGAAUGAUGGUACCUAUUAUGAUUACAAUCAUAAUUGGAAUUCAUAGGUUACAUUCUUUUAAAGAGCAAUGUGACUUCCCCCUUCCUCUCAAGAGAAGCAGGGAAUUCUUUCUUCUCUGAGAUGCUCUGGAUUUAGCUGGGAAGAUAGAAAGAUCAGAAACUGCAGGAUAUCUCAUGCAAGAGAGCCAUAGCAAGAAGCUCACAGCUCACUCAGAAUGCAGCAAGUAAAUAAAAUUCUUGUGAGCCUUCACUGUCAGCCAGACAUGAGAGGGGUCUAAGAGACUUUGCUACAACUCAGAAAGGUAUUGAGUCAAGUGGAAGCAAAGAUUUGCAUGCAAGGUUACAUACAACCCUUUUUAUUUUCUGUCUUCCGGGUUAAUUCCUGUGUUCUCCCUAGAUAAAACUGUGGAUGUUUUAUUGUAAUAAAGCCUGGCUUUUUGAUUUCAAGAGAAA